GGCACUCCACUCUACCUUUUCUCUACUCAGACACUCGGAAGGUCCUAACUUAACCCAACUCAACCCACUCAGAAACUCAAGGAUACACAGCACUUCUCUAAGAUCUCCACCCGGAUCCGUACCAUUCUGCACGCCUGAACGGUAUUUAGCUGCUAAUUCUCCCGCCAAAUCUACUUGCUCCCCGGAAAGGACUGCAAAUUACUCUACCCAAACUAGUAGUUUGCGCCAUUUUUGUGAUAUUUGUUGCUUCUAGACUUGCUGUUGAUGUUUUAAGAGGGUUGGUAUUACAUUGGCGAAGUUCAAUUGUAUUUUCUGGGAGCUCCAAUAAGCAGGCUGAUUCUGGCAUCGACACCCUUUCUUAUGGUUUCUGGUAGAACUUUAGGGUUAUAGAGAACUCAUUAUGGUUCUCACCUAAAUAUACACUGAUGGAGCAAUUUAUCAAUUUUGUGAUUCGACCUCCCAGGGCUGUGUACGAUCCAGAUCAGUACUUGUGGGAGAAGGAUUUUACACUUGCUGGCAGAGCAUACAAAAGAGAGGAUUUGGAGCUUGAAAAUGGAAGAGGCCAAACCUUGAAGUGUAGUCAUUAUGUUCCAUCUCUUCUCCCAGAAAAUCCUGCUCUUCCAUGUGUUGUAUACUGUCAUGGCAAUAGUGGAUGCCGAGCAGAUGCAAAUGAAGCUGCGGUUGUUCUUCUUCCAGCAAAUAUUACAGUAUUUACUCUGGACUUCUCGGGAUCAGGCUUAUCUGAUGGUAAAUAUGUUAGCCUUGGAUGGCAUGAGAAAGAUGAUCUCAGGGUUGUAAUCUCAUAUCUAAGAAGUCAAAAGCGUGUAGCGCAUAUAGGCCUUUGGGGAAGAUCUAUGGGUGCUGUCACAAGCCUUCUUUAUGGAUCGAAGGAUCCUUCAAUCUCUGGGAUGGUUCUAGAUAGUGCGUUCACUAAUUUAUUCGAUCUUAUGAUGGAACUUGUUGAUGUCUACAAGAUACGGCUUCCCAAAUUCACUGUGAAGAUGGGAGUUCAGUACAUGCGACGCAUGAUUCAGAAGAGGGCGAAAUUUGAUAUCAAGGACCUCAAUGCCUUGCAGGUUGCAAGCAAAACAUUCAUUCCUGCUUUAUUUGGACAUGCUAAGGAGGAUAAGUUUAUUCAACCGCACCACACUGACAUUAUCUUCAAAUUGUAUGCGGGUGAUAAAAACAUCAUAAAAUUUGAUGGUGAUCAUAACUCUUCAAGACCACAGUUCUACUAUGAUUCAGUUUCCAUAUUCUUCUACAAUACUCUACAUCCACCACAACUUGCUUCCGUCUGGUCCAAUAAAAUUGAGGAAUUACAUAACUUGAAGGAUCUCAAUGGUGGUGCUGGCAUGGAUGAGAGGCUGCUGUAUGAGAUUCUAUCCAAUUUUCGUGUUGGGAAUACCAAUGUAGCAAGCUCAUCUUCUGCUUCCUGUGGCUUUCCAACUGCUAAAUCUGUUGAAGAUAUUCUCUCCGAAAUUGCACCAGUCUUGGCCACUAACGACAUGACAUCUAACAAAGUCAUGCAUGCAGCUGACGGGAAUUUCCAGGAUAAAAUCCAGGAAUCUGAUGAAGAAUGCUGCUCUCACACAAGCUCUAACAGGGAGAGUUUAGGACGAUGCUCAUCUUUAGAAGACACUGACUUGGCAGAGCAUAUAGAUACGAGUAACAGCAAUCAGAUGAAUACUGAUAUGCAGAGUACCAGUACAGCACAAAACUUAGGUAAAUUACCCGAAGACAAACAGAAGUUUAAUCGAAAAAAAGUCUGCUCUCCUGCUUCAAAGAAGUCCAAAUCCGAGAAAUCAGAAAAACUGGGCACUUUAAGCCAACUUUUGCGACUUUGCAUUCUGAAAAGAGUACCACAGUAAACCGUGUUCAUGAGUGUUGAUGUACGCACGAGUUGUUCUUUGUUAUAUUAUAUUGUUUAUUCUUUUAAAUUGGAUUAGUAUUUGUGUAUAUCCAAUUGGCGAAGCAUUUGUGUAUUCUUCUGGUAACACUCAUGUAAAAGCUAAGAUGUUAGGUGCCAUUUGGUUUAGGUCUGGUUAACCAAGGAAAACGAAAAUUUGUACCAAAGUGCGAUUUUGUGGGUGUUUGGUUCAUAA